AGCCCUUCUUCCCCAAUACCGCGAACACCACCUGCAACCCACGCCACACGCUCCAACUUCCCACGCGCGCACCCAGCCAGCCAACACCAACAAACAACCCACCCACGCACCCCCAGACAAUUGAGCCCUCCUGUGCGACCUGUGCAGAGCAAGUCACUUGAAUGCCUCCGAAUCCUUUGAUAUGCGUGGCUGCUGUGCUAGCCCUAAUAGCCACAACCGCAGCCGCACAGAGCGUCCGCUCUUACUUCCCCCUCAAUGACAAGUUCAAGAACCUCGAUGGCGUGUGGACGGUGACCACUGACACGGAGACGGAGUUGCUUCUCUUUGGAGAAGGGCUCGGCGUCGGCGACGUGGUCACAUUCACGGAAUCCGCAACGAACUGCGUGGAGCGCUUUGACGCCUCUCCCAUUUCUUCCACCUCCCCUGAUGGCGUUGAAGCGCGUGUGACGGUGUCCCUAACCACAUCAAGUGACCUCUACUUUUGUCUUAACGGAACCCAUCAGGGCGAUGAUGUCUACAUCACCGCGGAGGCAACCGCAGCAGGCAUUCCCCUUCCCGUCUCUAUUGUGUUCCUGAUUGUGCUGCUGGGCCUGUCUGGUCUGUUCUCCGGCCUCAACCUUGGUCUCAUGUCCCUGGCGCCAAACGAGCUGGAGGUCAUCUCUGCCUCUGGAGAGGGCAAGGAACAGCAGCAUGCCCGCACCAUCCUGCCCCUGCGCCGCCGCGGCAACCUCCUCCUCUGCACCGUCCUCCUCGGCAACGUGCUCGUCAACUCCACCCUCGCCAUUUUCCUCGACGGCCUCUUUGGCGGCCUGGCCGGUGUCCUCGGCUCCACCGCGGGCAUUGUCAUCUUUGGCGAGAUUGUGCCCCAGUCCGUGUGCUCGCGCCACGCGCUUGCUGUCGGCGCGUAUACCAUCUGGCUGACCAAGUUCUUCAUGGUGGUCACGUUCCCCAUUGCGUAUCCAAUCAGCGUCGUCCUGGACAAGAUCCUCGGGGACGAGGUUGGCGCCGUGUACAUGCGCAAGCAGCUGCUGCACCUGCUGAAGAUGCAGGACCCGUACAACGACCUGGAGCGCGACGAACUCGACAUCAUCACGGGCGCCCUCACGUACAAGACCAAGACGGCGGCGGACGUCAUGACCAAGAUGGAGGACGUGUUCAUGCUCGACAUCAACUCCAUCCUCGACUUCAAGACGGUCUCGCGCAUCAUCGACGACGGACACAGCCGCAUCCCGACAUACCGCGGGGAGCGUGACAACAUUGUCGGCCUGCUGUAUGUCAAGGACUUGGCGUUUAUUGACCCGGACGACAAGACGCCGCUGGAGACGGUGAUCAAGUACUACAAGCACCCGAUUGAGGAGGUGUACACGACGACGGCCCUGGACGAGAUGCUCGACCUCUUCAAGAAGGGGCGCACCCACAUGGUCAUGGUCAUCCACAUCAACGCCGAGGAUCCUGACCGGGACCCCGUGCGAGAAGUGGUCGGCAUUGCCACGCUGGAGGACGUCAUUGAGGAAAUCAUCCAGGACGAAAUCAUCGACGAGACAGACCGAUACCUUGACAACAAGACCAAGGCCCUCGUGCGUCGCGAUGACCACAAGCCGUUUGCGCUCCCGCCAGCCGCCUUUGCCCGCGAGGAAACAAGCUUCCGCCUCUCCGAUAAUGUUGCGCUGGCCGUGUUCACGUACCUGGCAACUCAAUUUGAGGAAUUCAGCCCCAACAUCAUUGGCGGUGCUGUGCUGAAGCGGCUGCUUGGGCGGCCCGAGUGCGUGCGUCUGCUGCAGAAGGAGGAUCUGACCGAGGACGAGAUGUGGCUCUAUCGCGAGGGCGAGCCUGGAGACUUCUUCACCCUCGUCGUCGAAGGAAGCUUGACGGUGAUUGUGGGCAAGGAUCGGCUGCAGUUUGAGGCCGGCCCCUACCACGCCAUCUGCCUCUCCGCGCUCACACAGCCUGGCUUUGUGUGCGACUUCUCCGCCCGCAUCAAGACGAGCAAGGUCGUGCUCGUGUGCAUCCCGCGCAAGCUCUACCUCGACGCCGUCGCCGCAAGCAAGAUCACCAACCAGCGAGAGCAUCCUGAAGUGUUUGCGCUGGCGCAGCGCGCAGAGGCCGCGGCCCGCGAGCACCUCGCCCACGUCCACCAUGACGACGACGACGACGACGACGAUGACGGCAGCGGCAAUGCUGGGACCGCCCCAUCCCAGCAGCAGCCGAAUGGUGUUGUUGGCGAACCGUCGUCCGCCUCCGCCGCCAACAACGGGGCCGGUUACGAAGAACGCAGGCAGGAGUCGCCACCGUACGAGCCAACGGCAACGCCGCCGCAGUUUGCACCACCAACCAACGACUCUUCCUCAGCUAGGCUGUUAGACAACGACGACGACGACGCCCAUGGCCACGGCGAUAACGGUUUCAGCGUCGUGUAAUUGCACACCACCCUCCACAAGCACUCCCCACCAAUCGCUCCCCGACACCACACCAACCCAACACAUACACACACACACACACAUACACACACACACUCACUCACUCACUCAAACACACACACACACACCAUUUCCACACGAUGAACGUGUUUAUCCUUGUGUUUUUUGUGUCAUCCUAAAACGUUGCCAUGCUGUUUCCUUCUUGCUUGCCUUGUGUUCAUUCACUCCCACAUUGUAGUCGACCUCCCUUCCUUCCUCCUUGCUCUUGCCUCUCUUGCUUGGAUCAUGAACACAACACACGCACACACUCACACAUACAUGUGCACAAAACCACACCAACACAAACAUACCCAAAUCAAUGAGUACACAAUCAUCUUCGACAA